CAAAAGGACCGGAUAAAUUGAGAGGUGUCUAGGAACUAUAAUAUCAUAUCAUGCAAAAUAAAUAUGAUCCCACUUGUGGAAAUCAGUUAUGAUACACAAAAAUUCUGUUUUUUGUAUGAUCUUUCGAAAUGUGCAACCGACAUUGUUCAGUAGAGCUGUGAAUAUGAGAGAUUUUCCAUUCAAGUUCUGUGCAUUUUCUCAGAAGUAAAUCCUAUUGCAUUCAACUGGGUUGAUGCCAACAGGCAAUACAUUUGUAAUUUUAUCUAAAUUUGUAUCUAAUCAAAGUACUAUAUAGAUGAGCCUCCUCCAAAGAAAUCUUUCCAAGAAAGCCCUGGGAUAAAUUUAUCUUUGGGUUGCUAUAGAUUGACUUGAAGGUACAUAGCCCACUAUUUUUCCAGUGAUGGGUGUGUGCCUGUGAGUGUAGGUAUGUGAAUGUAUUUGUGUGAGAGACAGAGUUAGACAGAGAGACUGGGAUUUAUUGCUUUAGAUUAAUAUAUAAGUUAAAUUACAUGUGAAACCCUUCUGGAAAUACCAUUAUCAUCCAAGAAUGUCGCUCUAUAGCAAGCCAAAAGUGGAUUUAAGAGCAGUUACUUGUAGACUAUUUGAGUGCCUAGACGUCUUAUGGAAAACUUUUGAAGACAAUUCUGGAUAUACUAUAUAUAUAUAUAUUUUCCAUGAAUUUAUUAAGAAGGUUAUUCAACAGCUGGAGUCCACCUUCUAGCUGCUUUUUGAGUGAGCAUUCUCACUAAUAUUGUCAGAGUCAAAUCUGGAUCAAGCAUAGGGAUUAUAAUACACAAAUACAGAAGCAUGCUUGAAAAAUACAAAUAUAUGGUAUUUUAUACAAAUGGCAUGAUUUAUAGAAGUCCCACAUUUAGAGUAAACUGACAAUAAAAUACCAUAAAGGACCAGAAUUGUGUGUGUGUGUGUGUGUGUGUGUGUGUGUGUGUAAGGUGGUAGUUUUUUGUGUAUGUUUAUGGAUGAUGUGAUAGUCUUUAAAUGAACCAAGAACAUUCAAUAAUACAUAUAUUUUACUUGGCAGGCAUUAUGUUACACCGGAGUUGGCUACUGUGGCUGACAAUCUUGUUAACUUUGUGGAUUUCAUCAGAGGCUCAAGAUGAAGAUGGAGGGGAUGAAACUACAUAUGACUUGAUGCAAAUCAGCAACAUCAACAGGAAGACCAUUGGAGCAAAAGCAUUCAGGGGUAAUAUUUCUGGGGUUCCAGCGUACCGCUUCAUCCGGUUUGAUCAUAUACCUCCACUUAACUCUGAGAAAUUAAAACAGAUUGUUAAACUGAUCCAACAAAAUGAAGGAUUCAUUCUUACUGCCACCUUCAGGCAAGACAGGGACUCCAGGGGCACCAUCAUUGCUUUGGAAGGCCCUGGCAUCUCUCAGCGGCAAUUUGAAAUUAUUUCCAAUGGCCGAGACAAUACACUUGAGCUUUCUUAUUGGGUAGAUGGUUCCCGGAAGGGGUAUCCUUUGGAAGAUGUGGACCUAGCUGAUCUACAGUGGAAAAAUAUAACUAUACAAGUAUUAGGAGAAAACUACAGCCUGUAUGUUGGAUGUGACCUCAUUGACAGCUUAAGCCUGGAAGAGCCUUUUUAUGAAAACCUGAAAGCAGAGAAAAGUAGAAUGUACGUGGUGAAAGGAUCUACAAGAGAGAACCACUUUCGGGGUCUCAUACAAAAUAUUCAUCUGAUUUUUGGAACUUCAGUAGAGGAUGUGUUACGUAACAAAGGAUGCCAGAAGAGCCAAUCAGCUGAAGUGAACACCAUCAAUGAGAGCACAGAAAUCCUUCAUCUCACCCCUUCGGUCAUGACAGAAUACAUUGGGGACAAUACUGAGAAGAAGCCAGAAUUCUGUGAUCGCUCUUGUGAAGAGCUUGGGUCUAUGUUUACUGAACUCACUGGGUUGCGCAUUGUUGUCAAUGGCUUAACUGAAAAGUUAGAAAAAGUGUCUGAAGUGAAUGAAAAAAUUGUGUCAGAAUUGCUUGGCCCAAACAAGACACUGAAGAACCAAUCAGCAUGUUGGCAAGAUGGUCGUGAAUUUGUAAACAAUUCACACUGGGUGGUGGACAGCUGUACAAAAUGUCACUGUCAGAACUCUAAAACAGUAUGCAAUAAAAUCACAUGCCCCCCGGUGCACUGUGUCAGCCCAGCUUUCAUUGAUGGCGAAUGUUGUCCUGUCUGCUCCCACUCUGAUGACAGUGAAGAAGGCUGGUCCCCUUGGUCUGAGUGGACAGAAUGCUCUGUCACAUGUGGAUCUGGAACCCAACAGCGGGGGAGGUCAUGUGAUGUUACCAGUAACACUUGUCGAGGCCCCUCCAUUCAAACCAGGACGUGUUCUCUUGGCAAAUGUGACAAUCGUAUACGUCAAGAUGGGGGCUGGAGCCACUGGUCUCCUUGGUCUUCCUGUUCUGUGACCUGUGGAGUAGGCAACAUAACUCGCAUACGUCUCUGCAACUCCCCUAUCCCACAGAUGGGUGGGAAAGGCUGCAAAGGAAGUGGGCGUGAAACCAAAGAAUGUGAAGGACCACCAUGUCCAGUUAAUGGUCGAUGGAGCCCUUGGUCUCCCUGGUCUGCUUGUACAGUUACCUGUGGAGGAGGUAUUCAUGAGAGAUCUCGUCUCUGUAAUAGCCCAGAACCUCAGUAUGGAGGAAAGCCCUGUGUGGGAGAUGUUAUACAGCGAGAUAUGUGCAAUAAACAGGAUUGCCCAAUAGAUGGAUGCUUGUCAAAUCCUUGCUUCCCAGGAGCAGACUGCAACAGCUACCCUGAUGGUUCUUGGUCUUGCGGUGCAUGUCCUGCUGGAUAUCUUGGAAAUGGAACGUUUUGCGAGGACCUCAAUGAGUGUGCGGUAGUGCCAGAUGUUUGCUUUAAGUUAAAUCAGAACCACCGUUGUGUAAACACAAAUCCAGGAUUCCAUUGCUUGCCGUGCCCUCCACGCUACAAAGGAACUCAGCCAUAUGGGGUAGGCCUGGAGGCUGCCAGAGCGGAAAAACAAGUAUGUGAACCAGCCAAUCCUUGCAAAGACAAAACACACAACUGCCACAGGUCCGCAGAGUGCAUCUAUUUGGGGCAUUUCAGUGACCCCAUGUACAAGUGUGAAUGUAGGACGGGCUAUGCUGGUGAUGGGUUCAUUUGUGGUGAAGACUCUGACCUGGAUGGAUGGCCCAAUAAUAACCUGGUCUGUGCUGCAAAUGCUACUUAUCACUGCAUGAAGGAUAAUUGUCCCCUUUUACCUAAUUCUGGACAAGAAGACUUUGAUAAAGAUGGGAAAGGUGAUGCCUGUGAUGAAGAUGAUGACAAUGAUGGUGUAGAGGAUGAUAAAGACAACUGUCCCCUUCUUUUUAAUCCCCGUCAAUUUGACUAUGAUAAAGAUGAAGUUGGUGACCGUUGUGAUAACUGCCCCUAUGUGCACAAUCCUGCUCAAAUUGACACUGAUAAUAAUGGAGAGGGUGAUGCAUGUGCAGUGGAUAUUGAUGGAGAUGAUGUUUUCAAUGCACGAGAUAACUGCCCAUAUGUCUACAACACUGAUCAAAUAGAUACAGAUGGGGAUGGAGUUGGUGAUCAAUGUGACAACUGUCCUCUGGUUCACAAUCCUGAACAGACUGAUGUCGAUAAUGAUCUUGUUGGUGACCAGUGUGACAACAAUGAGGACAUUGAUGAAGAUGGUCACCAGAACAACAAAGACAACUGUCCGUACAUUUCUAAUGCCAAUCAGGCAGACCAUGAUAAGGAUGGGAAAGGAGAUGCUUGUGAUCCUGAUGAUGACAAUGAUGGUAUUCCAGAUGACAGAGACAAUUGCCGUCUCACAUUUAACCCGGACCAGAAGGACUCUGACGGUGAUGGCCGAGGUGACAUCUGCAAAGAUGAUUUUGACAAUGACAAAGUGCCAGAUAUUUAUGAUGUGUGUCCUGAAAAUGAUGCAAUUAGUGAAACUGAUUUCAGAAAGUUCCAGAUGGUGCCUCUGGACCCUAAAGGAACAACACAGAUUGACCCAAAUUGGGUCAUUCGUCAUCAGGGCAAAGAACUUGUACAGACGGCUAACUCAGACCCUGGCAUCGCUGUUGGUUAUGAUGAAUUCAGUUCUGUUGACUUCAGUGGUACAUUUUAUGUCAACACAGACCGGGAUGAUGAUUAUGCUGGAUUUGUUUUUGCUUACCAGUCUAGCAGUCGCUUCUAUGUCCUGAUGUGGAAACAAGUUACUCAGACCUAUUGGGAAGACAAGCCCACUAGGGCUUAUGGUUACUCAGGAGUAUCACUUAAAGUAGUGAACUCCACAACUGGCACUGGUGAACACUUGAGAAAUGCUCUUUGGCAUACUGGAAAUACAGCUGGACAGGUGCGUACAUUGUGGCACGACCCCAAGAAUAUUGGCUGGAAAGAUUACACUGCCUACAGGUGGCAUUUGAUCCAUAGGCCUAAAACAGGAUUGAUAAAGGUUUUAGUAUAUGAAGGGAAGCAAAUCAUGGCAGAUUCUGGAGCCAUCUAUGACAAGACCUAUGCUGGUGGGAGGUUAGGUCUAUUUGUCUUUUCACAAGAGAUGGUGUACUUCUCUGACCUCAAGUAUGAAUGUAGAGAUGCCUGAGCAAAAGCUGCUUCAUAACCAGCAAAGUACUGUAGAUCUCAUUCAACAUAGACACCUCUGUAUAUCCUGGUACUCCAAAUCUCUCUCUUUUUUCAACUUGGCCUCCGAUAUGUUUCCCUGACUAUGUGCCUCCCUGUUGCCUAAAGGGAGCCCUUUAAUCUUACACCUAAGUGCCUUUUAAGAACCUGGGCUGAAAGAGCCUACAAGUGACCAUCAAACCCACCACUGAAGGAAAACCAGAAUGCUAUGGAGAGUGAAAAAUUGGCAGACAUGUUUGUUCAUUUGCUUUUUUUCCUGAUGACGUUUACAGUUAAAUUGUAAAAGUGUAAUUACUUAAUGUACAUAUGGAUAUAUUAUAGAUAUGGUGGGAUGUGAAGUUGUGUGGGAAGACUGAUGUGAAGAAGUUUUGGGUCAUCAAGUGGCAGACCACUUUUUUAGCCAAUAUUGUUCAGAUUGAGGCUGGGCCUUGGUGAUAAAAUAGUUUGGGAGAUAAAUUUCAGCCCAGUUUACAAAGGAUUAAACACUACCUCCCUAAUUAAGAAACCAUAAGAAAUCAAAGAGAGGGCUAGGUUUAAAUAUGAUUUCAUGAACUAUUGAUUUCCUAGCACCUUUUAUUAUGGACCUUGGGAUGUGAAUCUUUGCUUCCUUUGUUCCCACAUAUAAGAUGAAACAUUUCACAGAUUUUUCUUUCCAAGUGAGAUUAUGUGAUUGUUUUGUACAUUUUGGAUAAUUUUUCACAUGGGAGUUGGGUUGGUGAAAAUUUUGCGAUGAUUUUUUUUUGGACAAAAACAUUGUAUUUUGCACAAAAUAUUGUUCUUUGACAAUCAUACAGCAUUCCUGUGGCAAAAUAAUUUUGUGUGGGAAAGCACCUCCUUCCCCAGCUUGUUUGUUUCAUUCUUUACAUGUGUGAAAAAUGUUGCCAUGGUUGACAGUUCUUUCUAUAGGAUGUUUUAGUGUGUUGAAACCCCAUUUUAUUGACAAUGAGAACAUUUCUGAAUAUUCUUGAUAUCCCUAGAUCAAAUGUGUGCUUUAAAUUAAAAAUUAAAAACAGGUUUUUUUUCUAAUGGUGGGUACUGGCCCUUGAGCAGUUAUAGUAAAUUCACAGUUUAAUAGCUGAUGUGAAAAAUACAGAUGUGAUAUUUGUUUCUCUUCUACAAUUAUUUCCCAUGGAGACAUGCCUGUAAGAGAGUGCUCAGGUGGAAAGAUCCCUUCUGAAUGGAUCUGACUUGAAUCAGACUUCUCAUGAGCAAUAACUUACUCGUGGUAUUGAAUUUCAUCAGUUGUGCAUGUAUUUUGAAAUAUUUAUCCCUUAACAAGAAUUGUUCUAAUAGUACUUAGUGGAAAUGCUUUAGUUCUGUAGUAGAUAAAUCUUCCACGUUUGAAAGGUCCCAGAUUCAAUUUUUGGUAUCUCCAAUUAAGGCUACGGGUAUUUGUAUGUAAAAACUCUGAAAACCACUGAUAGUUAGUGAAGAUGAGUUGAAGAACAUGUGGUCCUCUAAGAUGUUGACCUGAGGCUGAGUUGAACAUAUGGUUAAGCAGUCUAUGUGUGUAACUCUGCUAUGGUUCCUUGUCACCCUACCAGGGCUCACUUUUGUAAUAUGUUGUCCUCAUGACCAUUUCAUUGCUGGCAGAGGCAGAUGAAUGAAGCAUCUUGUUUUGUCUCUAUAACACUAUGUAGCAUGAUUUUCUAAUUGGUUCUGUUAUAAAACAUGGAAAAAGUUUAUUAGGACAUCUUGCAGCACAUUUUGCUAUGGUUUUUCAAUUAAUAUCUCAUAGAAUCUCAAACAAUUCAACCUAGUUUGUAGCAGCCAGAAAAAUGAAGUUUCUGGAGUAUAACAACUACUUUCAAAGUGUGCACCACACAAUUGAACAAGAAAUAACACUUUCCAACCCAGGAACAGAUUUUUUCAGAUUUUGUUACAUAGUGAUAUAAUUGAAGCAUACUAAAAACGCCUUCUACUAAAGUCUGCUGAGAUCCUCUAGAGGUCUCAGUGAAUGAUGUCCUGAAUUUAUAUCUGGAUAUUAAAACAGAUGCAUCAGUCUUAUCCAGCAUAGACAAUGAUGAGAGAUUCUGGAGGUGUAAGUCCAAUUUGAAGGACCAAAAACCACAUAGACUUGGAAUAUAUUGCCUUUUAGAUGAAUGAAUGGCCUGCCUCAAUAGAGGUCGCAUUUCUGUAUUCUUCUGCAAAAAAUCAGUAGUACAUGAUGCCAGGCUGCAAUAAUCCACACCACAUAUAUAAAAUUCUUUUUUUACUUGAAAUAGAAAUAGAAUUUAAAAAUGGUUUUUGUAUAUCAGAAUCAACUGUGGAUGUUCUUUUUAUAAAAUAGGUUCACUUGGCUUUGACUAUAAAUUGCCUUCUUAUCUGGUGCUUGGCCACUGUGUCUUUCAUUAAUUUUCCCACUUUCACCAUGACACAGGUGUUAAUUGGUGAGACAGGGUAGAAAGGAAGCAAGCUUGUUUGCCAGUUAAGAUUUAGAAUCGAUCUGUAGAGAUUACUGUAGGAAGACACACCAUCAGGGAGAUAAUAUUUCCACUAAGAAUAGAAACAAGUAUGUUAUGAACAGCAGUUUUUGAAGAGCUAUUUGACUCUGUGCUUAAGGUAUCCAUGAAAUCAGUUGAAGACCAGGUGAACCAUUUCCCUAACUAUUCCAGCAAGCGCUUCAGUACUUUCCUAAUCUGAUGGCAACAUGUUAGGUAAUAUGUUAGGGCUCCAGUUACAAGGUUUUUCACAAUCUAUUUAUUAUUGUGUGGAGUAGAUGUCUUGUCCAGUAAUUUAUCAGAAAUAUGUAACAGAGCACAUUAACAGUGAAAAGCCUCAAAGAAACCAGCUAGAAUCUGUAUCCUCUGGGUUAUAUGUAUGAUUUAUAUGAGUUAAUUUUUGAAUGCUCUGAUUCACCAAAUAAAUUAGAUGGCCAUUGAGACUUUGUAAGUGGAAUCUUGAUAUUCACAAUUCUCUUCGGUGUUUGUAUUUUGUAUGUAUGCUUGCCGUAUAUAGGUAUUUUACAGAAAGAUUGGUGAAAAGAAUCAGCAUUUUAUCAUACCAGAGACAACAGUUAUUCAGUUAUACAAUAGUAUAUACAUAUUUAACAUUAUCUUAUAGUUGUAUACUUCAACAUUGGAUGCCCAUGUUAGUAUAACCCAGAGGUGGAGAUCAUGUAACCCUCUAGAUGCUAUUAGACUGCACCUUUCCCAGGCACCAGGGAUCAGAGCCAACCAUGGGAGGUUCAGUCUAACACUAUUUGGAAGACUUUGGUUCUUAACCUUUGUGUAGUCUUAUUCUCAGAUGUGGUUUAGCAAGAGAAAAAUACUGUUCAUCCUGAUUGGGAGUCUAGUAUACAAUCUGCUAUAUACAUUGGCAUUGGCUGAGAAGAAUGUGUACAUGCAGUAUAUAAGAUCUGAGUGUAUAAUAGAGUAAAACAUGAAAAUCUGCCAGUCUGUUACUUGGUUUCAGAUGGGGAAUAGAAUUCAUUUUCAGUGACUCAACACAGUUAGGCUAAAAUCUAGUUCUACAAUGUCUGUUAAUUUUAUGUUGUUUGGUCAGAUCAGGAGUUACAUCCUUUCUGAUCCAGCUGGUGGUAUACAUUAUAGAGGUCCCUAGUACAAGUUAGAUGAUAACCUUUAUUUAGAGGUGGAUAUUCCUGUUCAAAUUAAUUAGUGGACAGAACAGUUUCCACCAUUGGCUGGAGACGGUCCUGGAAGCAAUGCUUCUAUUUUUGUAGGGUUUUUUUUGCAUUAUAACUUCCAGAAUGCCAUCCCCAUUCCCCAGCCGGCUCAUGGGGACAUUUUAGGAGUGGGCAUCUGAAAAACUCUUUUCUCAAAUAUACUCAGAACUCUUCUUAUCCAAUCACCAAAGUUAAGGUGCAGGUGAGGUAGAUUGCUAUCUGUGCAUGAGGGGUAGUGCACAUGGACACUAUAGGUGAAUUGGGAUAAUCUAUUUUACUUCAUUUGAGAACAUAGUGAGCCAAAGGUCAGUUCUGCCAUUUUCCAACAUCUGAUUUGAUUUUGACAUUAUAUACCAUAUAAAGGCUUUAAUGCACUUUUUUAGUUGUCAUAUUAAUGUAAACGCAUAUUAACAUAAAAUCCUUUUGAUAAGGUUUAUAACUUGUUUGUUGGGGAUGUUUUUGCAUUUCAUAUUUUAAUGUUUUGAAAUUAUAGCCUGAAGUCCCACAAAGAAGAGUGAUGGAAGUUUCAUUAAUGUAAUAAUGUUUAUGUAUUCUUGAAAUAAAAAGGAGACAUCAGUGCUGGGACUAAGAUGUUAAUAUUUGGAUUGUACCAUAAUUGCUUAUAUACUAUGUAAAGUAUUUAUGAUUUCUUUUUUCUUGUGUGUUUGUGCGAGUAUGGGUGUGUGAGAAAGAGAGAGCAAGGAAAGAGUGUGCUUCUGCUUAUGAACACGAGACCAACAAGACUUACAUUUUGUUUUGCCAAAGAUUGUAAAUAACUAUUUAUUUGUUUGCCCUGAUAGUAUUUCACCAUUUAAUGUCCCUCAUUUAUUCACAUUCUCUUUUUGAUACAUUCAACAAUAGACAAUAAACUGUAAAAAGGUUUUAUUGAAA